AUGAAUGCAAAACUGAAUGAACUCAAAAGACGUUUCAACAGUGUAGAGAUGUUCACUAUAUCCUCUCUAAACACGCAAAAGAGACAUAAGCUUUCAACACGUUACAGUGUGAAGGAACAAGUGAAAUGGAUAGCGUUUGAUGACUUACCGACAUUCGGUAACAGGCCAUCAUUGUUUCAAUGGGAUGAAGGAAAUGAGGAUUCGCAUGCCACAAGAUAUACAAACUACAUCCGAAAUGAUUUUCUCGAUGCAGAUUACCUCAACGGAUACGAGGUGAAGGAUGUACAUGCAAACGAACAUUACUGGAAGACUCAAUUUCUCCAGGGUACAACAGACGUCGUUGUCUUUGAACAAAUAGGCGCGUUAAUGGAGCAAGACGUGACAAUCUUAGCAUUCGAGUUAAAAAAAGAAAUUGUGGGAAAUGAUGAAAACCAAGCCAUCGGCGAACUGCUGGCUGCAAACCUAAUGUCUUCGAAGAGACCUGUAGUUUUGCUGACGGACCUUUAUAACAGCCAUUACUUUUUCUGGCUUGGCCAAACUGAAUCCACGCAUACUGUCACUGUCCAUGGUACCAGUUUUAUGGAAAUUCACAAAGCUGCAACAUUUGCACGACUUAUACUGGUUCCUAAUAAGCUAUUGAGAAGAAAUGCUGCAUCAAAGAUUGGAGAUUGGUCUGAUGACCUCGCGUAUGACGAUGACAUCGGAAACCUCGAUGAUUUCGAAGACGAGAUGGGGCCUGAGGAGCGCGCUUCGUGGGUGAUGACAAAGAAGCUAAGAAAAUGGUUGCCACUUGUGCCUCCACGAUUUCGGUACUGUGACCCUACAAGGGAUCCACCACUACCACCAAUAGGGAUGUAUAGUUAG